ACAUUAUUGUUGACAGUGGGCAACAUCGCAUCCUGAGAUACAAGUGGAAGAUAUUUAGCAUUCUUUAAUCGUCUGUGGAACAAUUAUAAAACGAGGACUUUCGGAAACAGCAUCGGCGGAGUGUCUCCUACAUGGAGAGACCACCGAGGCUGUUACAUUAACGUUGAGCUAACCGCAGUUCUGACUGCUUUUAGCGUUACUCUCCUGCUGGUGGAUUAGACUGGUUGCACAUCUAAUUUAACGCUGGAUACUUUACAAGGGCUGGGUUACAGACAUGCACUCACAACCUCGACAGGAUUAUAUAUCUAUAAACUUUGCUGGACAAGGAAGUGGAAAUUACAAUAACGGCAAGCAAUGGAGGAGGCAGUCCUGCUGGAGGAAAUGGAAGCAGCUGUCCAGACUGCAGCGGAGCCUUAUCCUCGUCCUCCUUUUUAUUUGUGGAAUCGCUUCCUAUCCUGCUGUUACUGAACACCUCAGAGGCCUUACAGAUGGGGACCAAGACACAGACGCUAACAACUACUUGAGGCCCGUCAUCCCCCAUGUGCUGCCCGAGCCUGUCAAACAGGGCCAACUACCACUGCCAGAACAAACCUCCCAGAGGAAAUUAUCCAAUAAAAGAGGACCACCUGUCCUUCACAACCGUCUUCAGAAGAAGGGAAACACUUCAGAUCCAGUGGUUGAGGGAAAGGCAGCUGAUGGCAAGAAAGGAGAGGAGGAGGGAGUCAUCAGCUGGCAUGGGGCGGUGAUCGACACUGAACAGGGCACAGAAGGCACAAAGGACGGGGAAAUUAAGGAGGAUUCGCCCGCCAACCAAAAAGACAAACCAACAAAUGAGUCAGAAGGAAACUGGCUGGAGGCGGUGCAGCAAGCUUUCAGACAUGCAUGGAAGGGUUAUAAAGACUUUGCUUGGGGCCAUGAUGAGCUCAGGCCCCUCUCCAAGUCCUACAGCGAGUGGUUUGGCCUGGGUUUGACGCUCAUUGAUGCCCUGGAUACCAUGUGGAUCCUGGGGCUUAAAGAAGAAUUUGAAGAAGCAAGGACGUGGGUGGCCACAGAGCUAACAUUCAACAAGAAUGUAGAUGUCAACCUAUUUGAAAGCACCAUCCGCAUCCUGGGAGGCCUACUGAGCACCUACCAUCUGACUGGAGACACCCUGUUCCUAGACAAAGCUAAAGACAUUGGCUCCAGGCUGAUGCCGGCCUUUAACACCCCGUCCAAGAUCCCCUAUUCUGAUGUGAAUAUCGGGAAAGGGACAGCCCACCCCCCUCGCUGGACCUCAGAUAGCACUGUAGCCGAGGUUACAAGCAUCCAGCUGGAGUUCAGAGAGCUCAGCCGCCUCACUGAGGAACCACAGUACCAGGCUGCAGUGGCUGAGGUUAUGAAGCAGGUCCACAAGCUGGAUGGCAAGCUGGAUGGUCUUGUGCCCAUGUUCAUCAACACAAACAACGGACAGUUCACCCAUCAAGGCAUCUACACACUGGGAGCCAGAGCCGACAGUUAUUAUGAAUACCUGCUGAAGCAGUGGAUCCAGGGAGGCAAGAAGGAGAUUCAGCUCUUGGAGGACUACCUGCAGGCAAUAGAAGGUGUGAAGAAGAACCUGUUGCAGAAGUCUUCACCUAAUGGCCUCACCUUUGUUGGAGAGCUGUCACAUGGACAGUUCAGCCCUAAAAUGGACCAUCUGGUGUGUUUCCUGCCAGGGACUCUGGCUCUCGGUGCCCACCAUGGCCUGCCCGCUGAUCACAUGGAUUUGGCCAAACAACUGAUGGAGACCUGCUACCAGAUGUACGUCCAGAUGGAGACAGGCCUCAGUCCAGAGAUCGUCCACUUCAACAUGCAUCAGGGCAGCAACCGAGACAUUGAUGUAAAGCUUGCAGACAGGCACAACCUCCUGCGACCAGAGACGGUGGAGAGUCUCUUCUACCUGUACAGGUUUACCAAGGACCACAAGUACCAGGAGUGGGGCUGGGAGAUUCUCCGAAACUUUAACAAGUACACCAAGGUUCCCUCUGGCGGCUACACCUCCAUCAAUAACGUGCGGGACCCAGAGUACCCAAGCCCUCGGGACAAGAUGGAGAGCUUCUUCCUGGGAGAGACCCUGAAAUAUCUGUACCUGCUCUUCUCAGACGACCACAACCUCAUUAGCCUAGACCAGUAUGUCUUCAACACUGAAGCUCACCCUUUGCCUAUAUGGCCUUCCACUGCGUGACACACACACGGGACCUCAAAUGGCAGGUAAAACUGCACGUAUAAACACAACAAACAUCUCAGGGUUGGUCUAACACCAAGAUAAUUCCGUCGUCCUCUGUCUCUGUGAGUGAUUGUUGCCCAACAACAACCCUGAACACAGGCCACAGAUGGAGAAAGCCUCCUUUUUACUGAUUGAAUCAUUUGUUUGCUAUGUGCUGUUAGCCAUGGAAAAAUGACAAGAGCCUGGUUCAGUUUGUGGCCUUGUUUAUUUAUUUGAUUGGUGGUUUUUGUGGCAUGAACUUCUGGUGAUGGUAGUUUAUGCUGGAGAAGCAGAGGAAGGUUCCUGCCCUCCUGACCACUCAUCAGAAUUCAACCUGAUAUUGACUUGAAUCAAAGAUGUCUUAAUCACAUGUUAAGGGAUGAGGGGGAGUGUCGGGUUGGACUGAUACAAGUGUUUCAAAGCUGAUGUUUUCAGUGUAAAGCUACUCAUAGCUUAUGUUUAGCUUACAGCUGUGCACAUUCUAACAAGGAUGACCAUUUUUAUGUCAGAAAAUCAAAUCCCAAACUUUCAAUUUUUUUUUAUCCCUGCAUUGCAUCCUUACACAGUGGAAUGGUUUGUUCAACGGCUUCUGAGCCAUCAUUAAACAAAGCCGGUAUCUGCUGUGGUGGCCUGAGCCCAGACCUGGGAGUGACAGCAGGCUGGUAGCCUCUGUAGCAAAAACAGCAGCCAGCAGCUGUCUGAACUGAAACCAAUCCUGCCUGCUGCAACAACAACCUGACCGCUCAGCUGAUUUGUUUUUAGAUGGGUGUGACUCUUGCAGGGAU